ACGCAGCAGUCGCAUUUCCACCGUUGCUAAGAUGCCUCCCGCCCCCAAUUGUCAGGUUGCACAAUAGUUGUUUAUUUUCCUGGCCUCAUUUCCUGGGUUCAGUUUUCCAACGGAAGUCGGAUCGAUAAGACGUGCCUUUUGUUCGCUUGUUCCGUGGAGGAAUUUUCUUUUUCAACAUGGAAAAAGAGUCCCGUUCCAAACCGAUUUCGAUCGAACCUAAGAACGUGUUCGGUCUCCGAACGGACAUCCUUGGGAAUGUGCACUUUACGGUGAAGCAGGAGAUCAUCUAUCCGGUGGCGGGCGUGCUGGCCAUCCACAACUUUAGCACCAACAAGCAGAAGUUUCUUAGAUUCCCGGAAAACUACCACCCGGAGCGGAUAGUAAUAAGUCCGGAUCGGAAGUUCAUUGCAGUUUCGGAGAAAAGUGCCGACAACAAAUCCCUCAUCAACAUCUACGAGAUUGCAACGCUGCGUAAGCGCAAAACCCUCCAGCUGCCCCCGGACUGCCCAAACACCCAGAUCGGCAACAUCUGCUUCACGUUUGACUCGCGCGGAAUAGCCGUCCUAUCGGUCGAACCGGAUGCCUUCCUAUCGAUCUUUUCGUUCGACAAGAACGAAUCUCUCAUCAUCGGACGGGCUUCAAACUCGAGCCAACAGGGUCAGGCCACGAUCCUGUCGUGCAACCCGAGCGAUGCCACGAUCGUGGCCGUCGGUGGAUACUGCAUGCUGAAGAUCAUGAACAAGACGGACAAGGGCUUUGGCCAGAUUGGAACGAUCAAGGGCGACAACCUGCAGGUGACCUCGAUCACGUGGCUGACGUCGGAAGCACUGGCUGCUGGAACGGCUGAGACGGAGCUGAUCAUCGUUGAAUCUGGAGAGCUGAAGUUCAAGUUGCGAGGAGACGAGAUCGAGCGCAUCGACCUGUCGGCGGAAACGGAAAGUGAGCUGUCGUCUACACCGAGUGGAUCGGAACUGAACAAGGAUAACCGCGACGUGCUCUGCUUGACGCAGUUCGACAAGGGAUUUCUGUACUCGAUCCACAAUGCCGUGCACGUGUUUGAGAAGACCUCGAACUACACCUUCAUCAAGAAGUCGGUCAUUCGGAUUCCCGUUACGCUGUACGACGAACAGUCGUACAAAAUCAUGAACGUCGCCGUGAACGCCGAACAGGACACGAUCGUGGUGGCGACCAAGCACUCGCAGAUCUACAUCGGAAUGCUGUUCGUGCCGGAGACGCUUAAGAUUAGCGAACUGGUCUUUCGACACCUCGGAGAGUCGCUGCACGUCAGCGGGAUUGUCGGGCUGUCGGUUUGCUCGUGGAAGCCGAUCAUCAUGACUGCUUCCAAAGAUCUAACGAUUCGUUUGUGGAACUACCAAAGCAUGAAGGUAGAGCUGGUCAAGAAGUUCCAGAUUGAGAUCGGGGUGAUCGCGCUCCAUCCGUCAGGCUUCUUCGCUGCCGUUGGUUUCAUCGACCUGCUCCGCCUGAUGCAGAUACAGCUGGACGACUUGAAGGUUACCAAGGCGUUCAACUUUCCCAACUGCACCCAGCUAAAGUUCUCGAACCUCGGCCACCUUCUGGCAGCCGCUCACGGCAAGAUCAUCAGCCUGAUAUGCAUCUUCACUUUUGAGGUCGUUCAAACGCUUAAAGGUCACAACGGUACGAUCCUGAGCUUGUCGUGGUCCACGGACGACGCAAUACUCGCUUCGGGUGGUAACGACGGAGCGAUCUACAAGUGGAACGUCGUCACCGGUGAGCGCAUGGAGGAGAUCGUCCAGAAGGGAAUUCACUACCGAUCGCUUGCGUUGACGAGUGAUGCGCACUCGGUGUUCGCGAUCACCAAUACGGGGUUGAUUCGGGAGAUGUGCAAGUCGGAUAUUCUUCGCGAGUUCAAAAUCCCAGACUUGACGCCCCUAACGGACAUUGGACUGUCGCGAUCGGACGCGAUCAUGUUUGUGGGCACCGAGAAGGGUCACCUGUACAAUGUGGACGGUAGCAACGGCAACUGUAGCAACAUUCGGUUCUUCAACACCAAGAUAACCAAGAUCUGCAUUACGUACAACGAUUGCACGCUGGUAACGGCGGCUGACGAUGGGACGCUGAUUGUGUGGAAGAUUUUGAACAAUGAGGGUAGAACGGCACCGCAAGCGCCGGAGCUGGGUGCUUGUACGGAUAUUCUGAUUGCGCGCCAGGAGCUGGUGGACAAGAACGAUUCCGUGCGCACGCUGGAGACCCGCAUCCAGCAGCAGAUCAUGGAGUUUCAAUACAAGAUGAAGCAGGGCGAUGCGUUCCACUCGGAGCAAAUGCGGGACAUUCAUCGGGACUAUUGUGCAGCGAUCGAGGACUUGAAGAAAAAGAACGAGGAAAUGGAGAUGGCUCACCUGGAGGAGUUCAACCUGAUGACGGCCAACAUUGCUCAAGCCAAGGAGGAGCACCAGAAGGAGCUGAUGGAUGUGGAGGCGCAGUUCCACGAGAAGAUCAUUAUGGAGUACGACAAAUUGACCAACAUGAAGCAGCGCAUGGACCAGAUGCGUGAAGACUACGAGAUUCGGCUUCGCCGUUCUGCGGGUUGCUUACAGGACACGAUCGAAUCGCUCGAUGCCGACCACAAGAAACAGCUGAACGACAAGCAGGAAAUCAUCAACGGACUGCUGAAGGAGAUGGAACGCAAGCGGAUGGAGUUUGACGAGUACUGCAAACAGGUCGACGUGGACAACGAUCGGAUCAAGGUAGAACUGCAGCUCAGUUACGAGAAGAAGCUACAGGAAGAGGAGGAAAACUGCAUGAAGUGGCGAGGAGAAGCCGGCGUGCUCAAGAAGAAGUUUUCAACGCUCAGUAGGGAAGCGGAAAGCUAUCGCAAGGAAAUCGAAACACUGCAGUAUCAGCAUGGAAAGUUCCAGCAAGCGAUCCGUCAACAUCAGAAGGAUAUCGAGGAUCUCAAGCGGGAGCUGAGUGAUCGAGAAGCGGUCAUCAAAGACAAGGAGAGGAAGCUGCACGAGAUGAGCAAGAAGAACGGAGAGCUGGAGAAGUACAAGCAAGUUCAGACGCACAAGAUCAACGAGCUGAAGAGUCAGAUCGAGCCGAAAGAGCGGGAAAUCAAGGAAAAGAAGGAAGUUAUUUGCGAGAUGGAGAAGAAACUGGAAGAACUCCAGCAGAACAACAAGCAGCUGGCACUGCAGCUGCAGGAACUACGAGACAAGUACUACGGCGCCGACUUGGAACUGCGUAAGGAGCGGAACAAGUUCCGCAGCUCGCGCCACCAAUACCAGCAAGUUUGUCGAGAAAUUUACAACGUUGCCGGAUUGAUCCAGAAGCCGGACGAGCUGAAGCGUGGCAUCAAGGAGCUCUGCCGCCGAUACUCGGACGACAAGGAGCUGCAGAAGACCCUCGCGCUGGACGAAGACGUCCAGAACGAGUUCCUCCGCCAGCGGGAACACCUCGAGAAGCUCACAAAGAACGCCAAACUCAAGGGCAACCAGAAGAAGGACACCGGCGAGACGAUGAAGCUGAUGAAGGAGAACAUGGAGCUGCUUGGGGAGCUGAACAAGCUGCGCGAACUGCUGAACGAGAAGCAGCGCGCGUGUACGCGCAUGGAAGCCCUGCUCGGGCUGUCCAGCAAGGCGAUCUCGCCGCGCGAGGCCAAGCUGAAGCUGGAAAAGGCCGUUGCGGACAAGGACGAACUUGAGGCUAGACAUCGUGAGCAGGUCGCCAAACUGCAAGAGGUCGUCAAAUCACUGUCGAACGAGAAUCAGAAUCUGCGCUCGGAGAUUGUGGCUAUGAACAGGAAAAAUAACGGCAGAUGAGCGGAUUGUGUUCAACCUAAAUUGUAUGAUUUUAGUUUUUGAAGCAUUUUAAACUCUUUAUGGAUGUAAAUGUACUCUUAUGUAAAUGGGCAAA